CACAGCUUGCUUCCUAUAGGCAGCUCACUCUAGUAGUAGUAGUCCACUAUACCUGCAGUAUAAACUAUAGAGGCAAGAAGCUAGAUCAGGUGUUGAUCGAUCGAGCUCGAGCAAUGGCGAAGCCGCAGCAGGAGGUGUACUUCGUGUUCAUGAACUUUGACCCCGUGUACGAGCGCCUCAGAGCCGAUCGGUCCAAGGAGGGGUCGGCCACGCUGGACGCGUACCUGAGCCAGAAGCACGACAAGCUGCUCGCCAAGAUCCUCCAGCCCGACUCCUACAGGAAGAGGUCGUCGCUGGCCAUCGUUGAUGGAUUCGCCGUCGAGAUAACUGAUGCUCAGAAUUCAGGCAAGCAUUCUGAGAUCGGCGAAGGAGGUGAGAGUGGUGGAGAAGAACCAGGAACUCGCCUGACCAGUCAAAAAGGACCAGAUUAAUUUUAUGAAUAGAUGCUUUGGCAUCAGCUAUAGCUAUGAAGCUAUAUAAGUGUAGUUUACUAAGGUAAAGGAGACUGUUGUGUUGAUCCUAGCCAGUCAAUCGCCUUUGCGCGUGUGUUGGUGUGUGAACUCCCAUGAAUGGCUUUUUUGACACUCAAGUCAAACUUAGCUGCUGCUGCAUGCUAGCUCAUCUUGGUAGUAGUACAAAUAUGUUUAGUUCUUAGGGUCUAAUGAUCAGAGGAUCGACGACUUUAAGACUGAACCUUGUAAUGGAAUAAUUGGUUCAAAAGCUAUAUGUGUGAUGUUUCAUAUAUAAACUAUAUAUAUCCUAUCGACCUUAGCAC